AUGGAUGAUGACAAGUACGUGCAUCAAAUGCGUCAAGAGACGGACAAGAAUAUGCAGCGAGAGCGAGAGGUGAUGGACAACAAUCUGAAACUGGAGCGUGCAACUGUGGACCGCAUGAGGAAGGAGGAGCAUGCAGCCAUGGAACAGAUGAUGACGGCGGAGCGUGCAGCCGUGGAUCAGAGGUUGAAGCAUUUCCAUGAUGAUAUGGACCUAAAGUUGAAGAAGGAGCGGAAGGACCUGGACCGCACUAUACAGCUCGAGCGUGGCAAGAUGGAAUUCAAUAUCAUGCAGGCGCAUGCGAACAGGGAUCUUAUCUUGCGGCAAGAGCGUAAGGACAUGGAUCACAAGGCCAAGAUGGAUCAGAUCCGCUUGGAAGGGAAUAUGAUGCAGGACCGCAUUGUACAGCUCAAGCGUGGUAAGAUGGACGUCAAUACAAUGCAAGCUCGUGCGGAUAUGGAGCGAAAGUUACAACAAGACCGUAGUGAUCUAGAUUACAAGGCGAAGAUGGAGGACAUCCUCAUGGAUGGGAGUAUGAUGCAAGACCUUGCUAGUACAGGCACGAAGGUAGUCGUAAUGCAAUUUAUUGUUCAUGUGGACUAUGAACUUUCUCAUGUUCCUCACGCGUACCACAACGGGAGACCUGGUAUGACGACAAUAGUUGAACCCGGCAAGGUGGACUGGCAGCUAAUGGAGAAAAAUUUGCGUUGCCAAGGGUACAAAGGGAAAGCAGAUUUGUACUACAUCAAGCCUGGGUGUGUACCACCAGAAGGAAUGGACAUGUGUGAGGAAGACAUAUAUUCGUGUGGGUACAAGGAUAUCGGCAAGAGGGACAUGGGCGAAUAUGGGUCAUCGCCCAAAAGGAAGAAACUUGCAGAUAACAAUUCGAAGAAAGCAUUGGAUUUCGGCAGCAGUGACGAGCCUCUUCAGUAG